UACAUCAACUCAAAAUGGAGGAAGGAGCUUCUCUGCAUAGCGUUAACCUGAAUCAACUCAAAAUGGAGGAAGGAGCUUCUCUGCAUAGCGUUAACCUGAAUCAACUCAAAAUGGAGGAAGGAGAUUCUCUGCAUAGCGUUAACCUGAAUCAACUCAAAAUGGAGGAAGGAGAUUCUCUGCAUAGCGUUAACCUGAAUCGACUCAAAAUGGAGGAAGGAGAUUCUCUGCAUAGCGUUAACCUGAGUCAACUCAAAAUGGAGGAAGGAGAUUCUCUGCAUAGUGUUAACCUGAAUCGACUCAAAAUGGAGGAAGGAGAUUCUCUGCAUAGCGUUAACCUGAAUCGACUCAAAAUGGAGGAAGGAGAUUCUCUGCAUAGCGUUAACCUGAGUCAACUCAAAAUGGAGGAAGGAGAUUCUCUGCAUAGCGUUAACCUGAAUCAACUCAAAAUGGAGGAAGGAGAUUCUCUGCAUAGCGUUAACCUGAAUCAACUCAAAAUGGAGGAAGGAGAUUCUCUGCAUAGUGUUAACCUGAAUCAACUCAAAAUGGAGGAAGGAGAUUCUCUGCAUAGUGUUAACCUGAAUCGACUCAAAAUGUCCGCUGCUGUUUCUUUACCCAUCUUGAGACUCCACAGACUGACAAAGGAUCAAUUGUCUCUCUGUGCUCCUAGACUUAAUCAGAACAACCAGAAGAAGAAAAACUCCACCACCAGCAGAGGAAAGAAACAAUCCACAGGAAAAGGAAACGACUCUGCUGACGGCAAAAGUGUUUCUAGUCAGGAAUCACUAGUGCCUAGACAUCAGCACUGCCCGAAGGGAAGCAAAAAUAAACCCAAGAUAAUUCUCAAACUCUCCCGUUCCAUCUUGAGGCCUGACGCAGCAAAACAAGAGGUGAAACAAGAGAUGGACGAGCUGCCUAUCGGUACAAGAAGUGAUGAACACUGGUUGAACUCUGUGAAGCCAGAGAGCUACGACCCAGAGAUGGGUAACACCAGGGGACCUACAGAGAGCGACCCCAGGACAGAUGCACAUCACUUGGGUAUCAAGAUGAAGGAUGUCCCCCUGUACCACCAGGAUGAUGGGAGGCAGCUGCAGUCGUCUACUGUUCAGCCAUUCAAUCUGGCUGCGUUAAGGUCUGACCUGGAAUGUUGGCCUCAUAACCAGAAGGUCCCCAGGUUCCCGUGUCCGGACUGCGGCCAGAAGUUCUUCUCCAAAAUUCAGUUUAAGUUACAUUCCCGGAGCCACACACAGUACCGGCCGUACUCCUGUGAGGUGUGCCAUAAAACGUUCUCCCGGAAAGGCAGUCUAGACGAGCACCGACCAAUCCACGAGAUGGAGCGCCCCUUCGCCUGCCUCCAAUGCGGCAGGACCUUCACGUUCAAAUCCAACCUGACCCGCCACAUGCGGUUCCACAGCGACGUGCGGCCCUACGUCUGCCCGCAGUGUGGCCAAAGCUUCAAAAUCUCCGACCACCUGAAGAGCCACAUGACGGCCCACAGCGGAAAUAAACCGUACGUGUGCCCGGAGUGCAGCCAGAGUUUUGUCCGUUACAUUAGUCUGAAGUAUCAUCGGCUGAGCCACACCGGCGAGCGCCCGCUGUCCUGCCCAGAGUGUCCCAUGACCUUUGCUCGGCCGCACACCCUUAUGAUCCACCGGCGACAACACAGCAGGAAAACACUGUUCUCUUGCCAGGACUGUGGGAAGCAGUUCAAACAGGGGUACCAAUUGAAAGACCACGUUACAAUCAAACACACAGGGGAGAAACCAUACAAAUGCUCCGAGUGUGACAAGUGCUUCAUCACCCCGGCGUCUCGUAAAGUGCACAUGGUUGUCCACACAGGAGAGAAGCCGUACAAAUGCACAGAGUGCUGUAGGAGAUACAGUCAGAGUGGGCAUCUAGCGCAGCACAUGAGGAGACACACAGGGGAGAAACCAUACAAAUGCUCCGAGUGCGACAAGUGCUUCAUCACUUCGGCGUCCCGUAAAGUACACAUGGUUGUCCACACAGGAGAGAAGCCGUACAAAUGCACGGAGUGCUGUAGGAGCUACAGUCAGAGUGGGUCCCUGAAGAGGCACAGGUGUGAGCAGCAAACCAGGAUGUAUUGCGAACUCACAGCACGCUCCGCAGGGUCCUCUCUGGAAACUCUUCUGUCUGAGUAGGAUACGGCUUCCUUGAUCGGUCUUUUGGUUUCCAAGGAGAUUAGAUCAUUCGUCCAACGGGCGUGGCCUCGCCUUGGAGAACUUGAUCUCAUUUAUGUUUAGUAAGUCCUCUAAUUUAUAGGGAGACUCACAGAAUGCAGGCUCUAAGACGAGUGGGCUUUUCGUCACAACACAACAAUAUCAAGUGGAAGUGUUACAAAUAAGGGACAAGUUGAUUCUCUUUUAGGAACACUUCAGAGGAACAAUGAAUGCUUGGCAGCUUUUACAAAACCGAGGGGUGUGUUUGAAAUGGCAUCCUAUUUCCUGUAUAGUGCACUACAUUUUUGUUCUGCAAAGAGAGGAAGGGAAACGGGGAAGGGGAAACGGUAA